AUGCAGUAAAGUGGGAAGAAGGAUUCAGAUGUAAAACUACAACCUGACCAUGCAUUGAUGAGGAAACAGCCACAUGUUCUGACUCCCACUUUCACAUCCCUGUGCCUGAUUUGAAGUGACAGUGAGCGGAAGCAUAAGGUAUCUCUCAUUCUGUUUGGACUCCUUGUUUACAGAAGAGUGAUGGAGAUGCUAUUAAGCACAAAAGGCAUCACCAUAUGCCUGUUUUUCUUUGUAUUGAGUUUGGCAGCAGCUAUUGAAAUACCAUUAUCAGUUUCCCAGCUUCCAACAAUCACAGAGCAAUCCCACACCCAGGUUGCCUACCCCUUUGAUGAGGACUUCACCAUCAAAUGUGAAGCCAGAGGAAACCCCCAGCCCACCUUUAACUGGACCAAGGAUGGAAAACCAUUUGAUUUAUCAUCUGACCCAAGGAUAGUUACAUCUAACAACUCUGGAACUUUUGUGAUCCAAAACCGGGGAAUCAUCAACAAUUUCCAGGGGAAAUAUCGCUGCUUUGCAUCCAACGUGCUGGGAACUGCCAUGUCAGAAGAAAUUGAGCUGAUUGUUCCAAGUGUGCCAAAAUUCCCCAAAGAAAAAAUCGAGCCUCUGGAUGUGGAGCAUGGAGAUUCUGUGAUCCUGCACUGCAACCCCCCAAAAGGCAUCCCCCCUUUGCAUAUCUACUGGAUGAAUAUUGAUCUGCAGCACAUCCCACAGGAUGAGAGGGUCUCCAUGAGCCUGAAGGGAGAUCUCUACUUUGCCAACGUGGAGGAAAGCGACAGCAGGAGUGACUAUUGCUGCUUUGCAGCCUUCCCCAGGCUCAGGACCAUCGUGCAGAAGAUGCCGAUGACGCUGAAGGUUUCCCGCUUAAAGCAUGCUAAUGACUCAGGCUCACCUAACGCUGCUGUUACUAAGGCAAAUUUUAUCAAGGAAAGGAAACCCAAACUGCUGAUCCCUCCUGAAUCUGCUGGCAGUAGCUCAUCAGUCACUGUCAUCAAGGGAGGUGUCCUGCUCCUGGAGUGUAUUGCUGAAGGGCUCCCAACUCCUCAUCUCAGCUGGGUGAAGGUCAUGGGAAACACGCCCAAGGAUGAGCCAGAGACAGAGAAUUUUGGGAAGACCCUGAAGAUUGACCAGGUGACAGCAGCUGAUGAGGGGACGUACCAGUGCACGGCCAGCAACCCCAUGGGCAGCGCCAGUCACAAGUUCCACGUGCAUGUGGAAGAGCCUCCCCAGUGGCUGAAGAAGCCCGAAGGUGGUGUCUACAGCGUGGGGACAAACCUGGUGCUGCUGUGCGAGGCCAUCGGGAACCCCGAGCCCAGCAUCCAGUGGAAGCUCAAUGGGAUGCCCAUCGAUGGCAGGACCUUCCGAGGGAGAAUCUCCACCAGGGAGAUCAGCCUGACCAACCUGCAGCUGCAGGACAGCGCCGUGUUCCAGUGCGAGGCCACCAACAAGCACGGCACCAUCCUGGCCAGCGCCAACGUCAACGUCCUCAAUAUUGCCCCCCUGAUACUGACCCCGGAUGAGGAAAACUACGCCACAGUCGUGGGUUACAGCGCCUUCCUGCACUGUGACAUCUUUGCCUCACCUGCAGCAGAUGUCAGAUGGACUAAGGAUGACAGCAUAGAGCCCCUUUCAACAUUUCGCUACGAGCUGAACAAGAACGGCACCCUGGAGAUCAGGGACACCAAGAAGGAGGAUUCGGGAUCCUACGCCUGCUGGGCUGCAAAUUCCGUGGGGAAAAGAGCAAUCACUGCUAAUCUGGAUAUAAGGGAUGCUACAAAACUUGUUGUUACUCCAAAGAGCCCCCGAGUGCUGAAAUCACAUUCCAUUUUAUUGAAAUGUCAGGCUGAGUAUGAUUCCCACUUGAAACACAGUUUUAAAUUAUCCUGGAGGAAGGAUGGAGAUGAGCUGCCAGUCAACAGCACGGAAGGUGGCAGGAUAAUUCUGGACAGGGAUACCCUGUUCAUAUCCAGUGUGCUCCUGGAGGAUCAGGGAGUUUACACAUGUGUGGCCAGCACUGCCCUGGACACCGCCAAGGCUGAGGCACAGCUGAUUGUUCUGGAUGUUCCUGACCCACCAGAAGACCUCCAGCUCUCGGAAAACCAAAACCGGAGCGUUCGGCUCUCCUGGAAAGCUGGGGCCAGCCAUAACAGCCCUGUUAAUGAAUCAAUUAUAGAGUUUGAAGAGAACCGCUGGGAGCCGGGGAGGUGGCAGGAGCUCAGCAGAGUGCCAGGGAAUGACACCACAGCCCUGCUGUCCCUGGCCCCCUAUGUGAAUUACCAGUUCCGUGUGGUGUCCGUCAACGCCGUGGGCAGGAGCCAGCCCAGCAAACCAUCCCUGCGCUAUGCCACCCCUCCAGCUGCUCCAGAUAAAAACCCAGAGAACAUCCGAGUUGAAGCUUCUGAACCCAAUGAAAUGGUGAUGAAAUGGGAGCCACUGAAGCCCGUGGAGAGGAACGGGCCGGGGCUGGAGUACAAAGUCAGCUGGAGGCAGCGGGGUGUGGAGACCGACUGGAACGAGGAGCUGGUGAAGAAACACUCCCUGAGCGUGCGGAACGUGCCCACCUUCGUGCCUUACGAGAUCAAAGUCCAGGCAGUGAAUCAUUUAGGAUCUGGCCCCGAACCAAACGUCACCAUUGGAUAUUCAGGAGAGGACGUUCCAGAUGCUGCUCCUUCGGGCGUGUCGGUGGAGGUUGUGAACAGCACCCUGGUGAAAGUCUUCUGGUUUGGGAUACCAAGGGACAGAGUUCGUGGGCACUUAAAAGGCUACAAGGUCAACUGGUGGAAAACAAAAAACAUGCUGGAUGGAAAGAGGCAUCACCCAGAGAAACACUUCCUGACAUUUGUAGGAGACAGGAACUAUGGGAUGAUUCCUGGCCUGGAGCCCUUCAGUGAAUUCCGCUUGACAGUUCUGGCUUUCAACUCCAGAGGAGAUGGCCCUGAGAGCUCCCCCGUGGUGUUUGAAACUCCAGAAGGAGUCCCUGAACAACCACGUUUCCUCAGGAUCCUGAACUUUGACAAGGACUCGGUCACUCUGUCCUGGGGGCUUCCCAAGAAAGCCAAUGGCCACCUGACAGGCUACGUCCUGCAGUACCAGAUAAUCAACGAGACGCAGGAGGUGGGCGCCGUGAGCGAGGUGAGCGUCACCAACCGCUCGGUGCUGAGCUGGCGCCUGGCGGGGCUCAGCCCCAGCACCAAGUACAAGUUCUACAUCAAAGCCUGCACGGCCAAGGGCUGCGGGAAGGCGGCCACCGAGGAGGGGCUGACGCUGGCCCAAGGCAGUAAAGGCAGCGGCAGGAUUUCAGACGCAGUAAAGCCCACCCCAAAGUUUCAGCCCAGCGAGGCCCUUGAGCCUGGCACUGAGUACACAAUCCGCCUAGUGACUAAGAACUGGGUGGAUAACAAUAGCAUUUUUGAAGAUGUAAUUGAGACCAGGGGGAGAGCCUACGCUGGCAUUUACGAGGGGAUUUCCACCCAGGGCUGGUUCAUCGGGCUGAUGUGCGCCAUCGCCUUGCUCACCCUGCUGCUGCUAACGAUCUGCUUUGUCAGAAGAAAUAAAGGAGGCAAAUAUUCAGUGAAAGAAAAAGAAGAUUUGCAUCCAGAUCCCGAAGCUCAAUCAAUAAAAGAUGAAAUCUUUGGGGAAUAUAGUGACAGCGAUGAAAAGCCGCUGAAAGGCAGCCUCCAGUCACUUAACGGGGACAUUAAAGCCACUGGAAGUGCUGAUAGUCUGGUAGAUUAUGGAGAAGGGGAGCAUGGCAUGUUCAAUGAAGAUGGUUCAUUUAUUGGAGCUUAUUCUGGAUCUAAGGAAAAAGGAUCCGUGGAAAGCACUGGGAGUUCUACGGCAACUUUUCCUCUCCACGCCUAAAACGAUUGGUGUUUAAUUGUGAUAAUUAUCCUGGCUAGCUCUCCACAGCUCCCGGGUGUGCUCAGGAGCAGGGGGCCAGUUGAGCCAGUCAGGAAAAUCCUGGCGUCCAGGUAAUACAAAAACGAGUCACUGCCACUAAAAGAUGAUUUUUCCAUCCUAAUUUCUAUGUGUUUUCUUCUCAAUAAAUCAGAAUAAUUCUUUAUUCUACCUGAUGUGUUAGUCUGAGCAAACCAGAGUUUCUUGGUGGUACAUCUGUAUCCUUACCUGCUGCUCCAGGUGUUUCUUAGGCUUGGAAUAUGUUUCUCUGUGUAGUAUUUUUGCCCUGUUCUCACAGGUGUAUGUGUAAAAUUCCCUCAUGGCCUCGGUUAUAACCUCAAGGUUAUGGCACCAGCUAAAACAGCUCACUCUGCAAAGUGUGAACACACAAAGAGGAAAAUUAGAAUUUAAAAUACCAGAGAAAUAUAUUCUAUAUAUGGUAUAAUUUUCCCUAAAGAAUUAAACCCCUUUAUGUAUGAUAUUCAAAAAAAAAAACAACUGUUUUAGUGGUUACAGCUGACUUCAACUACCAACACUUAGAAAUGCAGCUUUUACCCACAGGAGAGUGUGGGUGAAGCUGCUGCCCAGUAGCUGGCACUAUUUCCUUAAAUAAGCUGCAGCUCUUUCCUGUGGCAAGGCAAAACAGGGUUCCCAUCCACCAUCACUCAAAAUAUUUUUAAUUUUUCCCAGCUGCAAGCUGCAUUUCUAAGCAAACUCCUUGGUGUCUGUCUCAUAUCUGUAUAUUUGUGAGCUAGCCAACAUUUCAUGGAGACGUUGUACAUAUGAUAUUAAUAUUGAUACAAGUCCAGAGCAGCCUGGUUUUAUUUUGAUCUGAGACAUGUUGCUAGCAUGGGUCUGUAUAGCUGUGUAGGAAUGAGUAGAAUUGCUUCUCAAUAUGGAUUUGGACCAGCAAAAUUAGUUUUCAGAAGGAGUUGUGUGUAUAGGAACCAUCCAAACCUCACACCAUUCAAGCAUCACCUAAACUAGACCUACCUGACUCUCAAGAGUUCAUUUCUUUUCAGCCUAUUCACUGUUAAAUAAACAAGAACAAAAAGCAAAGAGAAAAUAUUAUGGUAGAGUUUGUUUUCCUAUUUUGUUGACUGAAUGCUGGUUUAAAUCUGGUUCUUUGCCUCUCCAGCACUAACUCAGCCGAGCUGUACAGCACAUUUUUUUGGUCUUUUUGUAUUGGAAUCUCCUGGAUCUCUUUUUAAUGGCAUUUGCAUUCUUGAAUCUGCUUGUUUGAGUAGAGCAUCAACGUGGCUUCAUUUCUUCUGUCACUCCCAUUAGGAAAGUUUUUAAGUAGUUCCUGCAGGAGAAAUAGAUCCUAAAAGCUGUUUGGCAUCCUGAUAGCAAUUAAGCAAAUGUCCCCAAAUAUCCUCCAUGAUUUCAAUGGAAGAAAGAGAGGAAGCAAGAAUUACUCACCUGGUUCUGAGUUGCCAGCAAGGGCCACGAUUAAGCCCAGGGAAAUGCAGAUUAUUUCCCAGUGGAAAGGCAGUGGAUCCCCCACGGUUCUCCCCAGGCUGGGGCUGCUCCUCAGGGCUUGGCAGCUUCAGGAAGCCUUUGGUGCUCAAGCUUCUGCUUUCCUGUGCCUCUCUUUGGGUUUUUGAUUGGAGCUUUUAAGGGCUUUUUAUGUAACCUCUGUUUGGGAAAAGCAAACUCCAAAAGCCCCGUUCAGGCUAUGCCUGUGAGUGGAAAAUGGUGAGUGGAAAUCUGCCCUCCAUCAAGGAUUAUCCCAUCCCAUAUCAGUGA